AUGCUGGUUCAUUGGGGGAAACUUGAGAUGCGGCUGAUUUUUGAUGGACAUUUGGAUUUGGCGUUGUUCGCGCUUGCGCACAAUCGAGAUCAGACCGAAUCGGUUGCACAGAUCAAUGCCCGCGAGGUUGGUAUGACGGACGCACUUGAACGGGGUGGGGCAACUGUCAGUCUGCCGGAGAUGCGUCGUGCGGGUGUGGCGGUUUGUCAGUCUUCCAUAUCGGCGCGAGCGAAGCGCGAAGUCCAGCCAGUUACAGGGCACCGACGGAUAGACCUCGACUACGGUACGCAACGGAUGGCUUACGCUUGGGCGCAGGGACAGUUGGCGUAUUACCGAAUCCUUGAAGGGCAGGGAGAGAUAAAACUGAUCCGCACGUCCGGCGAGUUGGACGCGCACUGGGGUGCUUGGGAGCAGGGCGGUGAUGAGAGCACCCCUGUUGGAGUUAUCCUAUCCAUGGAGUGUGCCGAUCCGAUUGUCGAACCGUCGCAGGCGGAGGCGUGGUGGGAGGACGGGCUGCGUAGUGUUAUGUUGGCGCAUUUUGGGUUCAGCCAUUAUGCAGCUGGCACCGGUGUGAGUGGGCCCCUGACGCCGAAGGGGAUUGAAUUGCUCAAGGAGUUUGAACGGGUUGGGAUGAUCCUUGACUUGACGCAUCUGUCCGAUAUGAGUUUCUACGAAGCACUUGAUCGUUUCAAUGGUCCUGUGAUUGCCAGCCACAAUAACUGUCGUGCACUGGUUCCCGGUGAUCGACAAUUUUCCGAUGAACAGAUCCAACGACUCAUUGCGCGUGGUGCGGUGAUUGGUGCUGCCCUCGAUGCGUGGAUGCUCGUCCCCGAUUGGGUGCAUGGCGAAUCGUCGACGGAGCAUGUGAAAUUGACGACGGUGGUUGAUCAUAUAGACCAUGUCUGUCAACUGGCGGGGAAUACGCUGCACGCAGCGAUUGGCACGGAUACGGGUGCCACGUACCACAUGCCAUCUGACUUCAAGACAACGGAGGAUUUGCGAAAGUUGGAACCGAUUCUCGUGGAUCGUGGCUACAGUGAUGCGGAUAUCGACAACAUCUUUCACGCCAACUGGCGUCGGUUCUUCCGUCGGUGGCUGCCUGAAUCGUCUGCCUGUUAG